CAAAAACCAAAUUUGGGAUUCUGAUGAAAAGCAAAGGAACCACCGUUCGUCGGCAAAUUCAGUCGAAUAGCGGAAGCUUGAGACUCUGAUGAGAGUGUUGGGGUAGAGAGAAAGAGAUCUGAGUUUUGUUUCCUUAUUAGAGAGAGAUGGGUUACGGAUGGGGGAUCUUCGAGGGAAUGUUGGUGAUUGGAUCUCUGUGUCUCUUAGGAUCGGCUGGUCUAUGGUUUCUCAACCGGAGGCUUUACAAAGAGUACGAAGAGAAGCGAGCUUUGGUUCAAAUCAUUUUCAGCGUCGUCUUCGCCUUCUCUUGCAACCUUUUACAGCUUGUUCUCUUCGAAAUCAUCCCUGUUUUAUCUAGAGAGGCAAGGAUGGUAAACUGGAAGGUGGAUCUCUUUUGUUUGAUAGUGCUCCUUGUUUUCAUGUUACCUUAUUAUCAUUGCUAUUUGAUGCUUCGUAACACUGGUGUAAGAAGAGAGCGUGCUGCUGUUGGGGCCUUGUUAUUCUUGACAGCGUUCCUUUAUGCUUUCUGGCGCAUGGGAAUACAUUUUCCUAUGCCUUCAGACAAAGGUACCUCUUGAGUUUAUGCACCCUCUUUCUCCUUUCAACUCUGUAUAAGCAAGAAGGAAGUUGAAGUUGAAGUUAGAUCUUAUUAACAUUAUUAUGAACAAUGUGUACUUCUGGAUGUGUGGAGUAGGGUAUGUUGUUUUAAAUUGAAAUGAGAAUCUGAGCAUGUUGACACUGACUAUGAUUGCCUGACUGUAGAAAAUACCGUCAGAAGAAAUUCGCAGGGUCAAUCAUCCUCCCUUCUUUAUGCUUGUGACAGUAGCUUUUGUAUAUACAAACGCUUUUGGUUCUUUUUAUUUUAAAUGCUUAAGAUCUUGUCACCCACUUGUUGGACUACUUUACUUAAACACCCUUUUAUCUUGAAAGGUUUCUUUUCAAUGCCUCAGCUGGUCAGCAGAAUCGGGGUCAUUGGUGUGACCCUCAUGGCCGUCUUAUCGGGUUUUGGAGCUGUAAAUUUGCCCUACAGUUAUAUAUCGCUCUUUAUUAGGGAGAUUGAAGAAUCAGAAAUAAAAUCGCUGGAAAGGCAACUGAUGCAAUCAAUGGAGACUUGCAUAGCUAAGAAGAAGAAAAUUCUUUUAUGUCAAGUUGAGGUGGAACGAAGUCUAGUAUCAGAAGAGCAUCAAAAGGGUAAAUCUUUCUUUAGAAGAUUUGUCGGGACUGUUGUGCGGUCGGUUCAAGAUGACCAAAAGGAGCAAGAUAUAAAACUAAUGGAGGCAGAGGUGGAAGGUUUAGAAGAGCUGUCAAAGCAGCUAUUCUUGGAAAUUUAUGAACUCCGCCAAGCAAAGGAUGCUGCUGCUUUUUCUCGAACUUGGAAGGGUCAUGUGCAGAACUUUCUUGGCUAUGCGUGUUCCAUUUACUGUGUGUAUAAGAUGUUAAAGUCUCUACAAAGUGUCGUUUUCAAGGAGGCGGGCACGAAAGAUCCUGUCACGAUGAUGAUCAGCAUAUUCUUGCAGUUCUUUGAUAUAGGAGUAGAUGCAGCAUUGCUCUCACAGUAUAUUUCCCUGUUAUUUAUUGGGAUGUUGAUCGUGAUAUCAGUGAGGGGAUUCUUGACGAAUCUGAUGAAGUUCUUCUUUGCAGUGUCGAGGGUUGGAAGUGGAUCUUCAAGCAAUGUUGUGCUCUUCCUAUCAGAAAUCAUGGGAAUGUACUUUUUGUCUUCCAUUCUUCUUAUAAGAAAAAGCUUGAGAAAUGAGUACAGAGGGAUAAUAACAGAUGUAUUAGGCGGAGAUAUUCAGUUUGAUUUCUAUCAUCGAUGGUUUGAUGCAAUAUUCGUGGCUAGCGCUUUUCUUUCUCUGCUUCUGCUUUCUGCGCACUACACAUCUCGUCAAAUUGAUAAGCACCCAAUAGACUAAGCAAGCAUCUGUGAGUUCCCUUGCAAAUGAGGUGGUUGAUUAAAUUUUGAUCUAGAUGAAAAACUUGAAACAAUGACCACUACUUAGCGUUGACUUAUGUACAUUUUCUUGCUUUGAAAGGAUCAGUCUUGAGUUGUUGUUUUUUUUUCUUCCUCAGGUGUGUGUGAUUAGUUGUAAAGAGAAUGAGACUUUGGGGUUUUACCAUUCAAUAAUAUAUAUCUGAUA